GGUGAGCCCUGACGUUUCUCCCAGCUGCUAUUCUUGGCUCGGGCCUGCUAGACCUGUUUCUAGUUCGCCCGAAAUCCAUCUACUAAAUCAGCGAAAUUUCGUCGUACCUUGGAUGGAGUGUGAGAAUGGAGUGAGUCGCACAGAGGUGUAGAGUGAGUCGGACAGGUCAGUUGUUUAAUUGCGGCAGUGGAUGUAUGUCAGGCGCUUAGAUUCAUUUCGAGCUGCAUCGUAUUCUUUAAAUAAAGAAGCUGUCUGCGGGCGGCAGACUUUCUGUUGGAAUUUCCUGUUCACUUCCUCGAUUAAUUCUAGAAUAAGAGACAUUAAGUGGAGAAAAUAAUGGAGUUGAUGGGAAAAGGAGAGCGGAGAAGGAAAAGUAUGGUUUUUUUUCUCUGCUUGCACCUGCUGACUCUUCUGCAAAUCACAGCAGCUCAAAACGUCACCACCGCCACCACUCCAGCCGCUGACCCCGGUGACCCUCUCAGCUACCGCACUCGCCCAGCUGACGUCACGGUGGCUGUUGGAGACCCAGCCGUGUUUCGCUGUGGAGUUCCCGAAGCUUCUCCAAGCUUCACAUUCACCUUCCAGGGGGCACACGGAAACUACACCCUCGCGUGCCCCUCGGGCCACGUGGAGGAUAUUCCCCAGGCUCUCUAUGGAAGUUGUGAUAUGAAAAACGGAGAGUCAUUAGCUGUGUGGAGCCUAAAGGGAACGUCUUUCUCCGACAACGGGGCGCGAGUCUUGUGUCAGCAUCCAAACAACCCUAACAGCGCUGCUGCCGUCCUGCACGUCUACGAUAACGGCACCAGACACGCCAUUCUCAUUGGUUGCAUCAUUGGGGGCUUCUUUGGCACGUUGUUGGUCUUUGGUUUGCUGUAUGCCACCCUGCUGAGAUCUGAGACCCUCCAGAAGUGCUUCCGUGGUGGAGAAACAGCAGAGGAUUUGACCACAAUAGUAAGUAAGGAGUAAAAGGAGACAGAUCGCCUGAUGUUGCUCUCUAAGCGUCAACUGUAUUUAGGUGUGGAGGUUAUUCUGUUGAGGCCGGGUCCAUCCUGGACGUCUUCACUUCCUUUCUUUGCCUUGAAUAACUGGGCCUUACACUUUACACUUUAUAUACACAUCCGUUGAAUGAGGAACAGAUGAAUAGAUGUUUCACAGCUGUCCUGGCCAGGCUGUUCAACCAGUUUAGUGAGUUACUUUUUCACAGUUUGUCCACUUGAGGGAAGCACUCACUGCCCCGAUGAGUUUGUUGUUGUUACACUAUAUUAUCACACAUUCAAGAAAACCUAUUGUCUUUGCAUAGGAGGUGUGUGGUCCAUUGCAAUUGUCCAAAUUAAAGCUGCAUUAUAUAUCAAAACCAACACCAUUUGUAAACAACUGUUUAUUUCUGUCGAUUGUUGAUUACGUGCAAAUGUUGAUACAACUCUAUUCCUCUAUUUAAUCCCACUAAGUAGUCACAUUAUUAUUAUCUUCCGUACCUUUGCUUCUGGAGAUUUCCUCAAACUGG